AUGUCUGUUGUCACCACCACAUUGAUACAAAAUACGGAUGGAGCGCCGGAAUUUGUGAUAUCCUUUGUUUCGAACUCUGUCAAGUUCUGGGAACAGUUUAUUCAAGGCGUUGAGAAGGUUCCUGGUGGAUUGUUUGUCUUAAACUACAUCCGGGCUUCUCACAAGAACGACCCAUGGCGGACUCUUUUGGAGAUCCUAUUGGCCCUGGUUGCCAUCCGAUACUUUUUUGCAUCCAAAUACUCUCAAGACGAGAAGGAAAAAGUGCAUUUGUCCGAAAGGGAGGUUCAGGAACUCAUCGACGACUGGCAGCCGGAACCAUUUGCUCCUCCUCUUAGAAAAGAAGAAAGAUGGCAGUUGGACGCCAUUCCUUUUGUGGAAGGUGCUGCAGGAAACCGCGUUUCCAUUAGGGACCCCAAAACAGGUGCCACCAUUCCUAAUUUGCUCAACAUGGCUUCCAAAGACUACCUCAACAUGGCUCUUAAUAAAACCGUUCGCGACCGGGCCAUCCAGACCAUCCGCAACUGCGGAGUUGGUGCGUGCAGUCCAAUGAAUUUCUACGGAACCCAGGACGUACACGUGCGGUUUUGCGAGAACCUUGCCCAGUGGCUAGGUGCAGAGGAAACCAUUCUAUACGGUCAGGACUACUGUACUCCAACGUCUGUUCUACCAUGUUUCUUAAAAAGAGGUGAUAUUGUCGUUGUUGAUGGAGGAGUCCCUGUUGCUUUGCAGAAAGCUGCGCUAAUUUCCAGAUGUCACAUCGAAUGGUACAACCACAACGAUCUGGAUCAUUUGGAGGAGAUCCUGGAAAGUCUUCAGGAAGAGCUCAGUGAAGGGCCUCCAAAUAGAAGAUUCAUUAUGACCGAAGGACUGUCUGAGAAUUUUGGCGACUCGCCUGAUCUCAAGAGACUGGUCGAGAUCAAGAACAAGUACAAGUUCAGACUCUUUUUGGACGAGAGCUUGUCGAUCGGAACUUUGGGACCAAACGGAAGAGGAUUGCCUGAGGUUUACGGCAUUCCAAGAAGCGAGAUCGAGGUGACAGUUGGAUCGAUGGCCAAUGCGUUUGGAUCCAGUGGAGGUUUCUGUGUCGGUUGCCACGAUAUGGCGUACCACCAGAUUCUUUCUUCCAACGCCUACGUGUUUUCGGCUGCCUUGCCUCCUUACAGUGCCUCUGCUACGUCUGCUGUGAUUUCUCUGCUGCAACAGGAAGAGAAACCGGGCCAGGUGAACAAAUGGGUGAAACCAUUGCAGGACAACACAAAGCUGCUGCAUUCUUUGAUUUCCAAGUCAUCCAAGCUCAAGAACCUUGUGAUCCUUCGGUCGGCCGACUAUUCUCCGCUGAUCCAUCUGAGAAUCGACCCUGUUUUGCGCGAACAGCUCCAGUUCCCAGGAAGCUACGGUGGUCCCGGCUCGGAGGUGAAGAAGGCCUUCAAGAACGGCCACGAGGACGGCUACUUCUCUCGGGAUUACAAUACCGAGAGCUAUCUAUUGCAGACGAUCAUCGACAAGCUGAUCGGGUCGGGCGUGCUGAUCACGCGCACAAAACGGGUUUUGUUGCAUGAGCUGCUACCUGUUGUUCCUACGCUGAUGAUCAACGUGAACGCCGGCUUCAGCCAGAACGAGAUUGUGGAAGCGUUUGAGCGCAUCGAGACGGCGGUGUACAGCACGCUGCACGGACUGGAUGCGCAAGCUGUGGGUCUUCUGGCCCGGUCGCUAGAGUGA